GUCAAAUUGAAGUAUAGGUAUUUGUUUGUCUAGUCUAUAUCUAACCUAACUCACAAAUCUAUCUAUUAUAAACUAAAUGUAAUUAAUUAAUUUUGUAAUAAUAAGUAAUUUGGUUUGUAAAGGUUUAAUAAAUUUGAAAAUUUUUGACAAUACAAAGUUAUUUUAAUAAAUGGCGGGGACUUUAUUCCGCUCUGUUCUCAAUAAUACUCUGUCUGUUUACAAAAGUAAUGCUGUGAAUUUGAGAAGUUUUCAUACUGGCACAGUUUAUUAUGCUGCCCGAAAGGGCACCAGGGCGAAGGCUCGCGCAAAGAAAGUUAAAGUGGAGGUCACCAAAGUUGGCUUCAUCCCACACAACCAAAGAGGAAGGGAUAAACAACAAAAAGUAACCGUCAAUAAGCAUUUGGAUGAUACAUUCAAGAGAAUCGCAGUAGACGAUGUAUACCCAAUGAAAUACUUUCGGUGGGUGGUGUACACUGCUGAGGAUGCCGUGCGGGCCCACCAAGAGACCCACGAUACGACAAUGUAUAACCAGCCUGAUGCAUUGGUGUAUGCACAGGUUGAAAUGAACAUGUUGGCUGUUAAAAAAAACAAAUAUAUGGACAGCUUCAACCGACUGUCACUACUGCCAAAUCCAUUCCCGCGGGAUGAAGAGCGAACAAUCCUAGCUUUCUGCAAAGGUCCUGAUCUAAUAAAGGAGGUCACUUUAGCCGGGGCUACAACUGCUGGUGGGCCGGAGCUUGUUAAAAAGAUUCAAGAAGGCACAAUUAAACUAAGCGACUACGAUUUCGUUAUCGCCCACCCGAAUAUCCUCACAGAACUGGUCCCCAUCCGAGGGCUUAUGAAGCGAAGAUUCCCUAACCUCAAAACGGGGACCCUCGACCCCAACCUUUUAGAGCUGGUGAAGAAGUUUGCAUCAGGAGUUCAGUAUAGAGUCUUGAAAGACGAGCGGCAAGAGGACUUUGGCUCUGCUGAAGUGCCUAUCGGAAGGCUUAAUAUGGACGCCACAAAAGUAGCUGAGAAUGUCGGAGCUUUGUUGAAAGAUCUACAGUUAGCUAGACCAAAACGAGACGGUCUCUUUAUUACUAGGUGUUACAUAGCAAGUCCGCCUUCGCCAGAGCGAUUGAAAAUUGACCCGUUCGUUUACGUCGAUCGCACGUUGUCCAAAGAAGUACAAGAGGACAGUGACGACGAAGCUGAACCGAUUGCCGCUAAAGCUUAGAUAUUGUUGCUAAUUAUGUACAUAGAAUAAAUAGUUUAAAAUAAA